UUUUUGUAUUUCCACAUGCGAGAGUAGUGGAAAUGAGAAUGAAAUUCUACAGAAUCAUCCCUUCUGUUUCACAUAAAUUCACGAAAGCCGAACAUAGAGGCAUCGUUCGAAUAAGCGUUGUAGCAGUUUGUAGAGAGCCGCCGGCAGCGUUCUGAUGCUGUUUGUAAACAAUACCGACAGCAAUUCCAAUAUGGCUGAAAGUGCAUUUCAUAUGAUUGUUUCACCUGGUAUAUAUAGAGGCGCCUUGUAUAUAACUUCACUCUUGUAUGGGCUAUCAAAGAAGCAUAGUUAAUGCUCGUAUAGAACAUGGAUACUACAGGAGAUAUAUCAGUAGUGGAUGUCUACGAUCUAGCAGCGAAUAUUGGCAAAGAGUUUGAGAAAAUAAUUGAUGAAAAUGGUCCAGAUUCAGUUUCUGGUCUUAUACCAAAAGUGAUUCACAUACUAGAAUUACUCGAAACAAUCAUAAUUAGCCGAGAAAACGAGAGUUCCCUAGUGCAAGACCUAAAUGAUAAAAUUUCUCAGUUGGAAAUAGAUAAAUCGGAAAAAGCUGAGUUCAAGAAGAAAGCUGAUAAGGAAAUGGAGUCAAUUGAAGAACAAUGGAGAAUUGAGACACGUGAUUUGUUGCAGCUAAUUAGUCGUUUGCAAGCUGAAAAUCGACGAUUAACCAAAGCUCAAGUCAUCGAAGUGACGCCUCGUGAUCUCAUACAAGAUUCACAUGAUAUUUUGCAUACUUCGAGUGAUAUGCAUUGUCUAAAUUGUGAUUCCUCAACAAUUUCUCAAUUAAAACUGAAACUCAGUGAACAAAAUGAUGAUAUCAAAUCUAAAGAACGAGAACUGCUCGAUAAAUUAUCAGAAAUCAAUAAUAUGGCCAUGCAAGUAGACAGACUGAAAAAUACAGUCAGUGAAACUCGGAGGCGCCAGAAACUUAUGCAAAAUCAGAUGUUAACCCUACUCGAGGAACGAGCAGAUUUCCUUGCACAACUACAAGACCAACAACAUGAGAUAAUGACAUUGCGUAAACAGCUGGGCAUAGCGGAAAAGGAGAAUGAGGAUUUAACAAACAUGGCGAAAGAAGAUGAUCGGCCACGUUUUUCAACAGUCGAGUUGAAAGAAAUACUUGCUGAACGAAAUGAAUUGAAGAUAAGAGUCAGUGACUUAGAACAAGAUCUUCUUUCUUGCAACCAACCGGAUCCACUGAGCAAUGACAAUAUCAAAAUUGAAGAUCUUCCAGUUCAAGGACCUUUGCCGUAUGAACCAGAUGAUGCUCCAUGGAAAAAGCACUCAGAAAGUGGAGUUCGUAAGUUCUUUCGUAAGCUAUUUUCUGAUGUAGAUGCAUCAAAUUUACCUCGUCGAUCAGUAUCAACUUUGACUAAACUGGCACUAUCAUCUGGACCCCAUAGUGACAUUCCGAUAUAGAAAUGUUAGCUUCACACAAUUUUAAUAAUCGGAAGCUUCAGUCAAAGAACGAAAUAAAAUAUUUAUUCGAAACGAA